AUGCUUUAUAUACAGAUAUGUCCCGUACGCAGUUGUGCCCCACACGCCGUUCGGCGCCUUCAACGGGGUGCCCCUAGCCUAUUAAGCGACUUCAAUGAGCCGAAUCCAAACAAUCAGAAGGCAGAGCAAUUAGGUCCGGACGAGGAGAGAGGGGCUACCUCCGAGCUUGGAGUUGAGUAUGCUAGUGGAUUCAAACUCGCAGUUGUCGUUAUGGCUCUCGCUCUCAGCGUCUUCUUGGUCUCGUUAGAUAUGACGCUUGUCGCAACCGCAAUCCCAAAGAUUACUGAUUCUCAAGAUUUCACAGCGUGGAUUGGCCGAGCUUUCUUCCUAACUCUCGCCGCCUUGCAAUCCACUUGGGGUAAGGCCUUCAAGUUCUGGGACCUAAAAUAUACCUUCUUGCUAUCGGUAUUUAUCUUCGAGGUCGGCAGUCUCACCUGUGGUGUUGCGCCUAACCCGGCUGCGUUAAUCUUUGGUCGUGCGCUUGCUGGUGUCGGUGGAGCUGGCAUCGCGAGCGGUGCCUAUACGAUCAUCGGGUUCGCUGUCAAGCCAGAGCUUCGGCCUGCGUAUACUGGUGUUAUUGGUGUGUCCUAUGGUCUUGCCUCUGUCGUCGGCCCGCUCCUUGGGGGUGGUUUCUUUGAUAAGAUGUCUUGGAGAUGGUGUUUCUACAUCAACCUUCCUGUUGGUGGUAUGUCCGCCUUGAUUAUCUUCAUCUUCUUUAAGAUACCUCUGAGUUCUGUCCCAGUCAAAGCUCCUCUGAGAGAGAAAAUCCUGCAAAUGGAUCCUUUGGGGACAUUGACACUCAUGGCCGCCGUCGUUUGUUACAUUUUAGCUCGCCAAUGGGGCGGUAUCACUAAAGCCUGGAACUCCCUAGACGUGGUCGGUACCCUGGCCGGCUGCGUUGCCCUCAUUAUCUUAUUCAUCUUCCUACAGUGGUACAACGGUGAGCGUGCAAUCAUCCCAUUCCGCCUUGUGAAGGAGCGCACAAAUUACUUCAGUAUGAUUUAUAUCUUCACUGUCGGCGGCGCCUUCUUCAUCUUGCUCUACUACCUCCCCUUUUACUUCCAAGUCGUUUCCGGCGUCAGCCCACAGGAGUCCGGAGUCCGUAACCUGGCCAUGAUCAUAGCGGUCACGCUUGGCACCAUCGCAUCCGGCUCCUACAUCACAGCAAAAGGCCACUUCGUCCCUCUCAUGAUCGGUUCCGGUUUCGUCUCAACUGUCGGCGCCGGUUUGAUCUUCACACUUAACAUCGGUUCCUCGUCUGGGACGUGGAUCGGGUACCAGAUCAUCGCUGGCCUGGGGCUCGGCGUCGGUUUCCAGAUCCCAAUCAUCGCUACGCAGGCCAUUUCUCGCGUGGCGGAUCUUCCAUCAUCUGCCGCAAUGGUACUCUUCUGCCAGACUCUCGGUGGAGCUAUCUUCGUUGCUGCCGGCCAGUCUGCGCUCGCGAAUAUGGUGCUCAAGAAGCUACCAAUUUAUGUGCCGAGCGUGAACCCGGCUCAAGUGUUCGCUCUCCUGGGGAUUCAACACGCGUACAUGGAUGGGCUGCAUACGGCAUGGGCCAUUGCGAUUGCCAGUGCCGGAGUGGCUUUGAUUGUCAGCUUGGCCAGUGAAUGGAGGAACCUGAAGGGGUUGAAUAUUUCUGUUGGUGUUGUUUGA